AUGGCCCCACGUGUUGGAGCUACCGCCAACAGCGCCGGCGACCAGGCCUUCCGGUUCCUCUUGAGCGUGCUCAAGCACUGCGAGCAUGUCAAGGCUGACUGGAACGAAGUGGCCAGGGAGAAUGGCAUCGCGUAUGCGAGGAAUGCGAGCGCCCGUUUCAAGUCUAUCAUGGAGCAGCACGGACUCAGGUUUGAGAACGGCACGAUCACCGUCUCUGACGACGAUGCCGGCGUGGGCCGCGGGGGCGUUGCCGCCGUGGCAAAUAAUGACGACGAUUCCAAGCCUCGCAAGCGCGCUGCCAAGAAGCAGACCAACAACAAGAACACUACCACUACUGCUCGCAAGCGCAAGGCGUCCGCAUUAGCAGACGGGGACGAAGCAGCGGCAGCAGGCAGUGGCAAAAAGAGUGGCGUCGGCGCGAAGAAAAAGAUGAAGAGCAAGACAUUUGUCAAGUCCGAGGAAGACGACGCUGAUGCCGACGACGACAACGAUGAAGGCGACGAAGCCGAUGGUGCCAAGAGCCACGCGAACAGCGACGAGAAGGAGGAGGCCAAAUCUGGCGCGGUGAAGAGUGAGACUUGA